AUGAAGACGCAGUUCGAGGGUCUUCAGGAAAAGCGACAUCGCUUCUUUUUGGGGCCAGAGAAGAACAGGGCCCGAGGCCUUGUCGAAUGGCUCAACGCCCUUUCCGACCGGCCUCUGGAGCCACCUCGACCGGCAAUGCCCACACUCGCGCGGCUCGGCCUACCUAGUUCAAGGACAACUGGGUCAGGAUAUUUUGCUCAAAACGACUUAAGACUGUCGCACUUUCUACGAAUAUUUAUUGUUUUUGCCUUCAUCGCCUCGCCCAUGUGCUCGAUGACCACAGUCUGCCUCUGCCAGGCGAUUUCAAUCACUGAGACGAAGAAUCUCGAAACAUGUUCAAAACUUCAGCCCGGAAUGCAGGCACUAGCCUAA